AUGGGCAAAGCAAAAAAAUGUAAACCCUCUGAAAUAGGUCGGAAUAUAGCCCUUGCUGAUCAGAUUGAGGCUACAAAUGCUGUAAAGAAUAAAAAUAGAAAUAAGGAGAGGAAUAGAAUUGAUGAUGAUGAUGAUUUCGUUAAUGCAGACCUUUCAAAGAAAAUCCUUAAAGCUGCUAGAAAGCAGCAAAAUGAGCUUACUGUUGGAGUCGCUUCUGUAUCUGGUUUCCUGACUUCACCAAUCAUCAAUGAUUCCACAUCUGAUCCAGAAGAUGGCUCAGACAAGGACGAUUUGGAGCCAGAUACCUUUUAUGAUAACAUUGAAAUUAAUGAGGAUGAUGAAGAAGCUUUAAAAAUGUUCAUGAAUGCUAAGCCAGGGAAAACCAGGACACUUGCAGAUAUAAUAAAAGAUAAAAUAACAGAUAAACAAACUGAAAUCCUUACACAGUUUUCUGAUGUUGAAACUUUAAAAUUGCAAAAUAUUGAUCCAAGGAUUAAGUCAAUGUAUGAAGGUGUCAGGGAUGUUUUGAAAAAGUAUAGAUCAGGAAAGCUACCAAAAGCUUUUAAGAUGAUACCACAUUUACAAAAUUGGGAACAAAUACUUUAUAUAACUGAACCCACAACUUGGUCUGCAGCGGCUAUGUAUCAAGCCACAAGAAUUUUUGCAUCAAAUUUAAAAGAAAAGAUGGCUCAGAGGUUCUACAAUUUAGUUCUUUUGCCAAGAAUUAGAGAUGACCUUGCAGAAUAUAAAAGAUUAAAUUUCCAUUUAUACCAGGCUCUUAGAAAAGCAUUAUUCAAACCUGGUGCAUUCAUGAAAGGAAUAUUAUUGCCUCUUUUGGAAGCUGGUGAUUGCACUUUAAGGGAGGCUAUAAUAGUGGGUUCAGUAUUGGCUCGGAAUUCAGUACCAGUCCUUCAUUCAAGUGCAGCCUUAUUAAAAAUAGCUGAAAUGGAAUAUACUGGAGCAAACUCAAUAUUUUUAAGGAUUUUGUUUGAUAAGAAAUAUGCACUGCCAUACAGAGUAGUGGAUUCUGUGGUGUUUCACUUUUUAAGGUUCCACAAUGAAACAAGGUUGUUACCUGUACUCUGGCAUCAAGCUUUUUUAACUUUUGUCCAGCGCUAUAAGGCAGAUAUAUCUACAGAACAAAGAGAUGCUCUUUUGGAAUUACUGAAGAAACAGACACAUUCAACAAUAACCCCAGAAAUCCGUCGUGAGUUACAAGCUGCUACAUGUCGAGAUAUUGAAGGAAAUGAAAAUGCAAGUAAUAUGAUGUCUGUAGAAUGA